CAAUAUUUGAAACAAGAUUGAGGGCUGUAAAAGGGUGUCCAGGGGUAUCACAAGCCACAGGGACUGCUUCCGGGACUAGCCAUGCGGUGGACGCUGCUGCUGCCCCUGCUGAUGAUGCUGAGCCUGAGCCUGAGCUUGGGGGGGCCUCCCCAGGAACCGGUCCCGCUCUUCCGCCUCACCCAGCAGGGUCCCUGGGAGAGCAGGGGCAGCUACACCACCUCCGACUCGCCGUGCGAGGGGUUCCCCGUGGGAGCCACGGUCUUGACUCUGGUGAACCGCAGUCUGGAGCGCCUGCCCGCCUGCCUUCCUCGUACCCUGCGCAGCCUCGACGGCAGCCACAACCUGCUGCGGGCCCUGAGCACGCCGGAGCUGGGCGGCCUGCAGGAGCUGCGGGAGCUCACGCUGCGCCACAACCGCAUCUCUGCGCUGCGCUGGGGCGGCGGCGCUCCAGCCCGGCUGCUCGCGCUCGACCUCAGCCACAACGCGCUGGCCGCUCUGCCGCCGUGCACCGGGCCGGCACUGCACAGCUUGCGGAUGCUGACGCUGGCUGGGAACCCGUUGCGGGAGCUGCAGCCCCGGGCCUUCGCCUGCCUCCCGGAGCUGCAACUGCUCAACCUCUCCUGCAGCGCGCUGGGCCGCGGCGCCCGUGGGAGCAUCGCAGACGGGGCGUUCACUAGGGAGGACGGACAGCCACUGGUCACACUGGAGGUCCUGGAUCUGAGCGGCACGCACCUAGAGCAGGUUGAGUCUGGGUGGAUCAGAGACCUGCCAAAUCUCAAGUCCCUCUACCUGAGAAAGAUGCCCAGGUUGAAGACCCUGGAGGGAGACAUUUUCAAGAUGACCCCCAACCUGAAGCAGCUGGACUGUCAAGAAUCUCCAGCCCUUACUUCUGUCCACACGCAGAUCUUUCAAGAUACCCCCUGUCUACAGCUCCUUCUGUUCCAGAAGGCAGCAGACACCAUGUGCGCACCUGCUGCAGGAUCCAAAAGCUCCUUCUCAGGCCCACUUUCGCUUUCCCAGCUGUCUGGUGUGUGCACGUUGGACCAAAACACCACCCUCCUGGCUUCAAACCCAACCUCUUUUAAUCACUCAGCUUAUGCACCAUGGACCCAGGAUCCCUUCACUGGGUGGAAUACAGGCCUGUCUGCUCAGCCUGGGGAAGGCGAACAGAAUAUCACCAAGGCCCCUUCUUACCCUGUGGCUUCCCUCACACAAGGGGCAUGGGUGCAUGGUGAUACUUCAGAGGAAAAUGCCCGGUUCACCAUUGACUCUAUGGCAGGUUAUAGCCCUUCUAGAGCUCCACCCAGGGCUGACAGCAUAGCAGGAGGAGAGCAACUAGAACAGGCUGCCACACGUGUCCUUGAGCCUCGUAUCUCACCUGCCUCCACUACACUGGCCAGCAAAUACCUUGGUCCCUUGCCUACCUCACCAAACCCCAUGAGCAUGUCACAAGCCAUCCAUAAGGCUCUUCACACAAAUCCUUCAGAGGACGAGAUUCCAAUCUUGCUGUUAGAUGACUACAGUGAAGAGGAGGCGGCCCAGGAACAGGUGAGAGCACCUCGCCAGGAUGUGUCUUGUGAUUACCACCCUUGCAAGCACCUGCAGACCCCAUGUGCAGAACUGCAGAAGCGCUUGCGGUGCCGCUGCCCUGGUCUCAGCGGGGAGGACACUGUCCCAGACCCUCCCAAGCUGCAGGAGGCAUCAGAGAUGACAGAUACAUCAAUGCUCAUCCACUGGUGUGCCCCCAACUCAGUGGUGCUCUGGUACCAGAUUAGAUACUCUGCAGAAGGAGGAUCAGGGAACCAGUCUGUAGUGGGGAACAUCUAUGCAACAGCCCGACAGCACCCUCUAUACAAGCUAUCACCAGGUACUACUUACCGUGUGUGUGUACUGGCAGCCAACAGGGCUGGCGUAAGCCAGCCUCAGACUUCAGGCUGGAGGAGGUCAUGUGCCACCUUUACAACCAAGCCCAGCUCUCUGAUCAUCUUCUGGGUACUGUGCACCUCCUGUGGCCUGCUGCUGGUUAGCACCCUGGUGCUCUCUGUGUGUCUCUGCAGGCGGUGCUGGAAACCACCCAGGCAGGGCUAUGACACACACCUGGUGGCCUUCAAAAACCCGGCCAGCAUUGAGGGUAUAGCUCAGUGGUAGAGUGACUUCUUGGCUUGUGUAAGGCCUUGGGUUUACUAACCCUGGCAUUCAAUCAAACACGUGUGAGACCUUUGGUUUAUUUAUCACCAGUAACUAAAUCAAAGAGCAAACCAGCCUUUGCCUACACUGCUGAGGCUCCAGACCUUCAACUGGCCUAGCUUCUUUCUUCUAAUCAAACUACACCUGCAUGCAAAGGGAGAGUCAAGUGACUGAAACCUGAGCUCCAAUUUCCCUAAAGCCAGCACUCCUCGGGCACACACAGACGGUCACACUGCUUCUCUCUCUGUUCAAGGAAUGAAGGCCAGAGUUCCUUCUACUUGACUGUUUUCAGGAACCUGAUGGUCAGCACCAGACAAUCCCACGGGCACCUGUCAUUGUGUGUUCUCUUUGGGGCUUUUCUGCAGUGUCUCCCUCAAUAUUCAGUAGCAUAGUGCACGGAAAGAGGACUAACAACUCUAACCAAACUACUUUUGCCAGAUUAGAAACGUCAUCCUUGGGUUUCUUGAGUGGAAGUUCCCUUCUGGCCACUGAUCUUAGAUUAGCACAGUGAGUUCUGUUAGCCAGAACUUGUUGCCAGGGAAGUUAUGUUUACUGAAGCCUUCUGGAUGUAUUAGUUGUAUUUCAGAAUGUAUCAACAAUGUAUUUCCAGCUUUACAGUUAAAACUGGUCUCUGGUAACAUUUGUGAAACAGGAAGACUGUUUAAAAGUCUACUUCCUGCAUUUCACCCAAGACAAGGUACUAUGAACUGUGUGGGGUUUGUUGUGACAGUCUUGCUUUGCAGUCCAGGCUGACCUCAAAAUUGGAUCUUCUUGUUUCUAUCUCCCCAAGUGUUGAUAUUACAAGUUUGUCCCACUGCC